AUGAUCGUUCAUUGGAUGUGCUCCAAGCUGGAUACGCAGACACUUCAGCUCUGGGAAGACCACGCAGCAUCAACGAAGGAUCCGACAUUCACGAUCUUGGUAAACUUUCUCGAGAAGCGGACAAGGGUUCUGGAAGCGGUUUCAUCGAACGUUGAAUUGAAAGGCAGUUCUCAAAAGAUGGAAACCAAGCGGCAAAAGGUGAUUGUGCAUUCGGCUACAGAUGGAGAUAGAAAUGGUCCGGCCUGUUGUUGUUGUGGAGAGUCGCAUUUCUUGGGGCGGUGUGGCAAAUUUUCGAAAAUGGCACUGAAGGAGAAGCUGCAGUUCGUCAAUAGCAAGCGGCUUUGUAGCAAUUGCUUGAAGUCAGGACAUUGGGUACGCGAUUGCUCAUCGAAGUUCAGUUGUCGUGAUUGUGGAAAGAAACAUAAUUCACUGAUUCACCCAGGCUUUCCGUUGAGCAGCAGCGGUGUUGGAAGCAGCGAACAUCCGGUGAGCAAACCGGAGAAGACACGGAACGAAAAAUCUGUGGCAACCAACGUGGUGACUAACGAGGUGGAAUCUGAGGACGAAGACGAUCAAGGAGCGGUUGGGACAUACAACGUAGGGACCAAGGGCGGCAAAAUUUCAAACGUACUACUAUCUACGGUUGUACUGGUUAUUCGGGACCAGCACGGAGGCAAACAGAUGGCUAGAGCAUUGCUAGACAACGGUUCGCAAGCUAACAUCAUGAGCGAGCGAUUAUGUCAGAUGCUGAGCCUAAAGAGACGGACGAUAAACGUGCCAAUUAGCGGUGUCGGAGAAGCGGAAACGCGAGCGAGAUUUCUGGUAAACACAACAGUGAGUUCACGGGUCCAGAACUUUGCAGUGGGGAUGGAAUUUUUGGUACUUCAGAAGGUAACGUCGGAGUUGCCGUCAGCGCACAUACCAGUGGAGCACUGGAAAAUUCCAAAGGAUAUACAACUAGCCGAUCCGAACUUCAACAUCAGUAAUCGGAUUGAUCUUUUGAUUGGAGCUGAGCACUUCUACCGGUUCUUGUUCGAGAGAGAUACAAAACGGAUCACGUUGGGUCCGGGACUGCCUACGCUGAUCAACUCGGUAUUCGGUUGGAUAGUUACAGGGAAAGUUUCUGAAACAUCGAGUAAAGCAGUUAGGUGUUGCGUUGCGGCGGCUCCAGACAAUCUGGAAGCCCAGCUGCACAGGUUUUGGGAGGUCGAAAGCAAUGAGGAUCGGCCAGCUUGGUCGAGGGAGGAACAAGACUGCGAGGAUCAUUUUCUGCGGACGUUCAGUCGCACGAAGGAAGGUCGGUACGUCGUACGUUUACCUAAGCACGUGAAUUUCGACCAGAUGCUAGGUGAAUCCCGUACGAUGGCUUUAUCAAGAUUCAAGAGAUUAGAGCAGCAACUAGGAUGGAACACAGAAAAGCGCAUGCAAUACAACGCAUUCAUGCAAGAAUAUUUAGAUCUUGGACACAUGAAGGAAAUCAGCGAAGCGGAGUCUUUGCAGGAGACAUCAGUUUCCAACACCAGGAAGGCCUACUACUUGCCGCAUCACGCGGUUUUGAAGGAAUCCAGCACCACAACCAAAGUUCGUGUUGUUUUCGAUGGGUCGGCCAGAACGGACAGCGGUUAUUCCUUGAACAACGCUCUUCUAAAGGGUCCGGUUAUUCAGGACGAACUUCUCAGCUUGCUUUUACGGUUUCGAAAGCAUGAAGUGGCACUAGUUGGGGACAUUGAAAAGAUGUACUGGUAA